GUGGCUGCUACAGAGGAACCAGAGAAGGGUUGUGUUAACCACCAAGAUUUGUGAGACAAGUGAGCCUACAUGAUCUGACCUGUUGGCAGGGAUGCUGGGGCGCUACGUGGUGCUAGUGUGGUUGCUGGUGCUGGUGGCUGCUACAGAGGAACCAGAGAAGGGUUGUGUUAACCACCCAGCUUCCUCCUGCCCCGUGCCAGACCAGCAGACGGAAUUCUGUCUAUGCAAGCGAGUUGAAGCGGACACAGCCACAGUUGUUUGCUGCAAUAUCCAAACUGAGUUUGAGCUCAAGGAGAGCCUCUCUUGUGCCUUUCAGAAGAAAGAAACUCAAUUGCCGGGUCAGCAAGGUGUGACAAAACUGCCGCCAGUGACGGCCCUUCAUAUCCUCAACUCCACCCUAGACAAGUUAGAUGUCGGCCUAAACUUCUUCCAGGGGCUGAUAGGAUUAUCAGUGACACAGAGUCACAUCCCACGUAUCCUGGGCCGGUUUCCUAGUUCUAUAACUUGUCUCAACCUGACAUCCAACCACCUGGAAGAGAUAGACGCGAUGGCGUUCUCCAAUAUUCCGCAGCUGGGUUAUCUGGAUCUCAGCAACAACAAUCUCACUCACCCGCCCAAAUUGGAGUUCCGCUUUACCAAGGCUUAUUUUUUUAUCGAUCUCUCAGGGAAUUCUGGACUCCUGUGCAAACUGCUGCAUGAACUCAAGACUCAGCGUAACUCGAGCAUCCAAGUGAACUUUGUCAACGAGAACGAUACUUACUGCUCAUCGUCAGCCGACUACCACUGGUUCAACAGUGUCAACAUCAUCCCUUUUCAUCAGUUGGAGACAAUCGAUAAGAAAAUUCAAAAUGAGGAACAAGAAGACACAUUCAAUCACUCUAACACACUGAUUGACCACAUGACCACAACAAGCAGCACCACCCGUCACCCCACAGCCCCCUCCCCCCAGCAACAACCCUCUAACGCCCGCCCCGAAGCGAGCACGGUCCUCAAUACAUUCGAUAGCAUCGGGGAGAGUGUUCCAAAGGCGACGGAGAGCAUUCCAAAGGCGACAAGCCUGAACAGUAAAGGACCUAUUAAAAAUUGUUGA